AUGUACGUGAGCUACCUCCUGGAGAAGGACGGGCCCAUGUACCCCGGACCGGUGCGACACUCGGGGGGACUCAACCUGGCGGCGCAGAACUUCGUGGGCGCCCCGCAGUACGCGGACUACGGCAGCUACCAUGUCAACCUCGACAGCGCCCAGUCCCCCGGCCCGGCCUGGCCUGCGCCCUACGCCGCCCCACUCCGCGAUGACUGGGGCGCCUACGGGCAAGGGCCGCCGGCGGCCGCCGGCGCCGUCCAUGGCCUCAACGGCGGGUCCUCCGCCGCCGCCAUGGCCUACAGCCCCGCCGACUACCACCACCACCACCACCCGCACGCCCAUCACCAUGCAGGCCCCGCGCCCCACUGCUCUGCGGGGGUCAUGCAGCCCCUCAACGCCGCCAACGCCGCCGCCCCUGAGCCGCUGUCCCCCAGUGGGCAGCGCCGGGGCCUCUGCGAGUGGAUGAGGAAGCCGGCGCAGACCCCGCUUAGCAGCCAGGUUAAAACCAGGACAAAAGACAAGUACCGCGUCGUGUACACUGACCACCAGCGUUUGGAGCUGGAGAAGGAGUUUCACUACAGCCGCUACAUCACCAUCAGGAGGAAAGCUGAGCUGGCCUCCAACCUGGGGCUGUCGGAGAGGCAGGUGAAAAUCUGGUUCCAGAACAGACGGGCAAAGGAGAGGAAGAUCAACAAGAAGAAACUGCAACAGGCGCAGCCCAGCGGCACUGAGCCUCUCAGCCCCGGUGCCCCGCUGCAGGGUCCCGCAGCAGGAGGAGCUACUGCUGGGCUGGGCCCCGCCGCCCCGCAGUGA